GGGGAGAGGAGCAGCAGGAGCAGCAGGAGGAGCAGCGGAGAGCUUCACUUUUUUGAACAUUAACUUCGGAAUUAUGUUAUAAAAGCGAGAAAAUCGUCCAGCAUGUCGGAUCCGAGUCACUGUUCUGCGGUGCCGAACCAGAGCAGGUCCCGGUUUGUUCCGGGAGCCUUGCUGAAGCGCUCCAAAAGCUGUCGCAGCAGCAACAGGAAGAACCUCGGUGUGGGGACGCCGUCGCCCACGCUGUCCCGACCUCUCUCCCCGCUCUCACUGCACACCGCAGCCAGCAGCCCUCUGGACAGCCCCCGAAAUGUGUCCACCAGUACCUGCCUCAACUUUCCAUUUGCCCGAAGUCACUUGGCUCGGGCCGACAGAGCCGAGGGCCGGAGAUGGUCUCUGGCAUCGCUGCCCUCGUCUGGCUAUGGCACCAACCCGCCCAGCUCCACCGUCUCGUCGUCCUCGUCCUCCCAGGAGCGUCUCCACCAGCUUCCUUUCCAGCCGACUCCAGACGAGCUGCACUUCCUGUUCAAACACUUCCGCAGCACCGACAGCAUGACGGACGAGGACGGGCGGCCCUCCACCGUCAUCCGGCCGCGCUCCCGCAGCCUCAGCCCCGGGCGGUCCAGUGUCUCCUUUGAUAAUGAGAUCGUCAUGAUGAACCAUGUUUACAGAGAACGUUUUCCAAAGGCCACAGCCCAGAUGGAGGAGCGCUUGUUUGAGAUUAUCACCCACUGCUCUCCAGACAGCUCCCUCCCUCUGGCCGACGGGGUGCUGGGCUUCAUCCAGCACCAGUUGGUGGAGCUGGUUCGAGACUGUCUGGACAAGUCCCAGACCGGCCUGGUGACCUCCCGCUACUUCGCUGAGCUGCAGGAGAAGCUGGAGAAACUGCUUCACGAGGCCUACGAGCGCUCUGAGAGCGAGGAGGUGAGCGUCAUCAUCCAGCUGGUGAGGAAGAUCCUCAUCAUCAUCUCUCGGCCGGCUCGCCUCCUGGAGUGUCUGGAGUUUGAUCCGGAAGAGUUUUAUCAUUUACUUGAGGCAGCAGAGGGUCACGCCAAAGUGGGUCAGGGGAUCAAGACUGACAUCCCGCGCUACAUCAUCAGCCAGCUGGGCCUGACACGGGACCCGUUAGAAGACAUGGUGCAGCUUGAACAGUACGAGGCCACUCCUUCAGUAACCGUGGAAACAGAUGCUCACGUGGAGAACAAGGCCCCUCAGACGCUGACACCGACUCGAAGGAAACCGUUUGAGAGUGAUUUCGAAACGAUCAAACUCAUCAGUAACGGAGCUUACGGGGCCGUGUAUCUGGUCCGUCACAAGGAGACCCGCCAGCGGUUCGCCAUGAAAAAGAUAAACCGCCAGAACCUGGUCCUGAGGAACCAGAUCCAGCAGGCCUUUGUGGAGCGAGACAUCCUGACCUUCGCAGAGAAUCCGUUCGUCGUCUCCAUGUUCUGCUCUUUUGAGACGCGUCGUCAUCUCUGCAUGGUCAUGGAGUACGUGGAAGGUGGAGAUUGUGCCAACCUGCUGAAGAACAUGGGCCCGCUGCCUGUAGAAAUGACCAGACUCUACUUUGCUGAAACCGUCCUGGCCCUGGAGUAUCUUCACAACUAUGGCAUCGUGCAUCGGGAUCUAAAACCUGACAAUUUGUUGAUUACAUCUAUGGGCCACAUCAAGCUGACUGACUUCGGCCUGUCCAAGAUCGGCCUGAUGAACAUGACCACCAACCUGUACGAGGGUCACAUGGAGAAAGACACCAGAGAGUUUGUAGAUAAACAGGUGUGCGGCACUCCAGAGUACAUUGCCCCCGAGGUGAUCCUCCGGCAGGGCUACGGGAAGCCUGUGGACUGGUGGGCGAUGGGGGUCAUCCUCUAUGAGUUCCUGGUCGGCUGCGUCCCGUUCUUUGGAGACACUCCCGAAGAGCUUUUUGGACAAGUUGUUAGUGAUGAAAUCAUUUGGCCAGAAGGAGACGAUGCCUUACCGACUGACGCUCAGGAUCUGAUCACCCGCCUGCUCAGACAGAGUCCUUUAGACCGACUGGGAACUGGUGGAGCCUCUGAGGUCAAGCAGCACCCUUUCUUCCUGGGUUUGGACUGGAACGGACUCCUGAGGCAGAAAGCUGAAUUCAUCCCUCAGCUGGAGGCGGAGGACGACACCAGCUACUUCGAUACGCGGUCAGAGCGUUAUCAUCAUAUGGCGUCUGACGAGGAUGAAGAGACCAACGAUGAAGAGUCUUCUUUGGAAAUCAGACAGUUUGCUUCCUGGUCCCAUCGCUUCAGCAAGGUCUACAGCAGCACAGAGCAUCUGGCAACACCGUCCAACCUGAGCUUCUCGUCUGACCGCAGCCACAGCGAGGACAAGGAGGACCGCGGGGACGCUGGAGGACUCGGUCCCUCCCCGAGCCCAGCAGACGGCAGCGCAGAGCGCAAACAUGCUGGACGCAUGGCCAGCCUCCGGCCCCGGGCCUCCUCCAGCUCCUCCCAGUCUGAGAGGAGCACCAGUCCUCUGGUGAUGAGCAGCACCCACAGCCUGGAGACCAUGCCCCGCUUCGCCCUCUCCACCGACGAUGAAGCUGAGGUGGUCGUGUCAAACCUUCGGAGGAUCAGGAUCCGCAGCAACAGCACCGGGGGCAAACACUCGUCCCCCAAGGACCCCGCCGCCCCACGCCGCUUCGGAAACCAGCUGGAGACGCCAGACAGACAGAGACUUCCCUGUGGAGGGAAAGUUCCCAAGUCAGCCUCCGUCUCAGCCCUGUCCCUCAUCAUCACCACAGAUGACUCCCCCAGCGGCCUCCAGCCGAGUCCCAUCUCCCCUCGCUCCCUCUCCUCCAACCCUUCGUCCCGGGACUCCUCCCCCAGCCGGGACCUGUCGCUCAGCCCGGCCAGCCUGAGGCCGCCCAUCGUCAUCCACACCUCGGGGAAGAAGUACGGCUUCACCAUGCAGGCCAUCCGCGUCUACAUGGGCGACAGCGACGUCUACACGGUGCAUCACAUGGUGUCGAGUGUGGAGGAGGGCAGCCCGGCUCACCAGGCCGGACUCCGCACCGGAGACCUCAUCACCCACAUGAACGGAGAGUCAGUCCAAGGCCUGGUCCACCCGGAGAUGAUGGAGCUGCUCCUCAAGAGUGGCAGCAAGGUGGCCAUUCAGACCGUCGCGCUGGAGAACUCCUCCAUCAAAGUGGGUCCAGCUCGAAAAACCAAACACAAAGGCAAGAUGGCUCGACGCAGCAAGAAGAGCAAGAGGAGAGAUAACUACGACAGGCGGCGGAGCAUCUUGAAGAAGUUGUCCAAGCAGAGCACCGUGAUGCACAGCAGCCGCUCCUUCAACUCCGGCCUCCACCACUCGGUUUCCUCCAGCGAGAGUCUUCCAGGCUCCCCGACACACAGCCUCUCCCCCGGGCCCUCCACGCCCUGCCGGAGCCCCGCCCCCGACCACCAGACCUUCGAAACUAACUCUCCUCAGAGCACGUCUCCCUGCUCCAGUUCUCCCAGUUCCCCCGCUGCCCACAUCAGACCCAGCUCCCUCCACGGUCUGGGCUCUAAACUCAACACGCAGCGCUACACCAAGGUGGGCCGCAGGAAGUCCACCAGCAACAUCCCCCCGUCUCCUCUAGCCUGCACCUCCUCCUCCUCCUCCUCCACCCAGCCUCUCUCCCCUCAGCGCUCCCCUUCUCCACUCUCCGGCUUCGCCAAAAGCCUCCACAGCUUCCACGGUAAGACGCUGUCCCCGCCCACCAUCGUCAGACACAUCGUGCGUCCCCGCAGCGCCGAGCCGCCGCGCUCUCCGCUGCUGAAGAGGGUCCAGUCGGCGGAGAAGCUGUCGGGAGUUUAUCACGCCGAUAAGAAGUCGUACACGCCGCGCCGACACACGCUGGAGGUGCCGUUCUACUGCGAGGGGGACCUGCUGGGGGACCCUGAGGGGGAGGGGCCCUGUGGAGGCUCCUACAUGGGGGGCUACAUCAGCAGCCAGAGGGUCGAACGCUCCGAGCAGCUGGUCGUGAUGCGCAAGCUCAACCUGUCGGAGCGCCGGGACUCCUUCAAGAAGCAGGAGGCGGUGCAGGAGGUGAGCUUCGACGAGCCGGAGGAGAAAACCAGCACCACGGUUACCGUGACGACCACGGCUCCGGGAGCCCAAACACAACAUCAACAUCAGCAGCAGCAGCACAGGAUGGCGUGGAUGGACGCUCGCCUCCAGAGCAGCGUGGAGGUGGAGCUGGAGGUCCCGGUGGUCCGGAGGUUCACGCUGGUGCCUCAGAUCGCCGUGCAGGGCUCCACGGAGAGCGAGCAGGACGAGUGGGAGCCGUGCUCCGACGGAGAGGAAACCAGCGAGACGCCUGAGCUGGAGGUGGUCGUCACGUCAGCUCCGCCCCAGCAGGCAGGACGUCCUGCUAACGCCAGCUGCAGCCAGGCAGCAGGACGUCCUGCUAACGCCAGCUGCAGCCAGGCAGCAGGACGUCCUGCUAACUCCCAGGCAGCAGCAGGAGGUCCUCAGGUGGAGACGUCUGAGUCCAGAGAGGAAACGCCUCCUAAAGCGCCUCAGAGGAAGUGACGACUCACCACUACUGCUCAUAUCUUUUCUUUCAAGUCUUUCAAAACUGUUUGUAAGCUCAUUUACAAACUAGUCUGGGCGACAGAGCGUGGGAGAAGAUUUUACUUGAAUUUUUUAAUUGUAUAUAUUUGCCUGAAGGCAUUGCAGACGUUCUGGUCUUAUUUAUUACAUUUGUAACUUGUGACACAGAAAGAGGGAAGUUCUCAUUGGUUGAAUAGCCAAGGCUCAACAUUUUUGUAUUCAUAAAAUGUGGUUUCAUGUCUUUUGACUGGAUUGUUUUUUGUAUAAAUGUGUAUUUUUAAAUGAAUUGUCACCGCACAGAGUCGUUUGAUAAUGCUGGGAAUAAUUGUUGUAGGACCAAAAGGUACGAGGAGUCAUCUCAGAGCUCAAAGUGUUUUUGUUCUUUUUUCUUGGUCAGUUUCGAUUUGAACAGUGCAGCUUCCAACCGUUUAUUACUGCUGUUAUAUU